AUUAAAGAUGGGCAUUCCCCGCCUGUUUGACUGUGAUUUGGUGACUGCAUACAUUUCUGAAGAAGCCACUUCAAUUCUCGACCAACAUGCGUGCCACCACCCUCAUCUUAGCCAUUCUCGGCACCGCCGCGGCCUCGCACAAAUACCCUCAAGGCGGUCCUUCAUUCCCUGGCUGUUCCAAAAUCAUCGAACUGGUCGACGACGCGCAUCAGCAGUCCCAAGCCACAGCCUUCUGCUCUUCGUAUCUACCUUCUUGGUCAGCGCCGACGCUGACGAAAACAACGACAAAGACAAUUCGCACUGGAACUACCAUCACCCGUACAACAUCCGUCGAUGCCACCAGUCUCGUCACAACUUGCGUGGUCCCUACCACUACGCCACCGGCCAAACGUGACGCCCAUUCGACGCCAAAACCUCAAGCCUGGUCGAAUUACCCUCCUGGACCCUUCAUCUCCUCUGCCUGCAGUUGUCUUCGUCCCGCGCGCUCAACCACGACGAACACAAUCACCAAGACAUCAAUCACAUCUAUAGUGACUUCUGUCAGUACUGUGGUAACUGCGACCACCACGAUCAACGCAGUUCAGACAUUCCAAAUUUACGGAAUCAGGCCGGGAACAAACCCUAACGUCUACUUCGUCGUUAUGGACUCCUCGGAGUCGUCUGAGCCCGCCAGCUAUGUUACGGAACUACAUCCUGCUGUCGAAUCCGACGGCUCGGAGUACAUGCUCUACCCGAACGGGUCGCUUGUCAUCCUGGACACCGGAUCUGCGUUUUCGACCUCAACGCCCGGGGCGCCCAGCCCUGCGGGAAGUCUUGCGUUCCAGUAUACCAGCGGCGAAUUUCCCAGCGACGAGAUAAUCAUGUUUGCAGGUGGGGACAGUGGAAUUUCGUACCCCGCCGGCGCGACCUCCGUUGCGUGUACGAUUGCGACCAACUCGGAUGGUACGUGUCCCUUGACCUGCGCUGUGAAUGGGAACACGGCGCCGGACGAAGGCUCUAAUGGGGCUAUCGCGAUCGGACCGGAGGAGUUGGCUGGCUUAGAAGGCAUCGAGGUCAUUCUUUAUGCCAUCGGGUCUGCUCCCGCAACCGGCGCUGAUCGUCUUUCUUGAGCUCAUCUACUAAGCAUGUGAGCGCAAAAUCGUGCAUCAGGCUGCGUGGACGCAUUAAUGCCACUGAUGCGCUGAUUACAUCCUUGGCUUCUGCCAUACCAUCCUCCACACGCACGUUCUUCAAGCCUUCAGAGUCGAGUCGAGGAUGUCCUUCCCCUCAAUCUUCCUUCCUCUUCUCC